AUGAACGCAUUUCAAGCUGGUCUACCACUUGACCAAAGGACAACGGUUCGUUCCGCGGGUGUUAUAAUCUCUCGGAUGACAUCCGUUGCGGCCGAACAUGAGAUGUACCAACGUUACGCAAACGAACUUCAGCGGUGCGACCUCGACAGACUGAUUGCCGAUCAAUGCCGCAAGCAAACCUUUCGGCCUAUUGCCCACAGUGAAGUGCUGCUUCUGGAGUGGCUCCGGACAGAAUUCGCAGAGGAGACACAUUCAAUCCCGUUCUACAACAAUAUCAAAUACAUAGGCUGCAGCAAGCCCACGUGCCGUCUUUGCGAGUACUAUUUCGCAGCGCACAACAGCGGCGUAAGGGUCCGGCCUCCUCACCGGAACGUGUACGCAAACUGGGUGGUACCUGAUGUGUUGGUAGAGGGGGAUACCUCGCAGUACAAAGUCAAGAUGAUCGAUGCUGUCUUGAGAAAGAUUCGUGAGGAUGUUUUCCUGGCGCUGAGUGAAAAGGUUUCCGAGCGCAAGAGGUUCGACUCGGACACAUAUUCGUUCUGGCCGACGUAUCAAUCCACCACGGGCGUUUCAUCCAAUCUUGGCGGCCUGGCGUCCCUAGUUGAGGGUCUUUCUCUUGCCAGCGCAGAAAGUGCUUCUUAUUUUGAAGCCACAAGAGAUGUGCGCAUUGGUGAUGAUGCUCAGAGCGUGGUUACUCAAGGUAACAAUGACAGGGAUUACGGUGACGACGAUGACGAUGGUGGAGGAACACUCCUAUUUGCGGGUCGCAACACGCGGAUUCAGACGUUGUCAAGGUAG